AUGAAGACCGGUUUGAUAAUAAAGUUGUUCGACACAAGUCAAAUCGAAGAAAGUGACCUAUACAAUAAUCUCUCCGAAAAAACUUACAAUGAACAAGUCGAAGCUUACAACAAUUCGAUCGUUAGAUUCGAUUUGAUAAGGAACAAGUUAGAGAAUGGUGAAUUGAUUACUUCGGAUGAUAAGACUCUGGUGAUUGAUGUGUUUAAUAGAGAAUUUAAAGCAAUGCUGGGUUUAGUAAGUGGCGAAAGUAAUCGUUUAUCCGAAGCUUUGAAUUCUACAACGAGUAAAUUGAAGAUGGUUGCAAAAAACGCGUCUUUGCUGCUGGUUACAAAGAUUGUUGGCAAGAAAUCUGAGUCAAUAGGUGAGAUGAAGGUUAUUAAUUGGUCGGCGUUUGAUUCAGCUGAACCAAAUAGUAUUCUAUUGAAAAAUCGAAAAAAGAGAAGGAAUUUUGAAUAUGUUUGCCGGAAUGAUGGAAUACCGGAGAUUCAAAUAAAAAAAUCGCAGAUAUUUGAACCUGAUUAUAUAGAAAACGAUUGGGGAUCUGACUUUUACGGCUAUUCUAACUAUUCAACAAGAACGAAUUCAGAAUAUGAUCUUGAUGACUCUUCCAAUAAAAUGGAAACAAAUCCUACUUUUAAAGACUCAUUGUCAAAAUCGCAGCAUAUAUACGAAGCUAUAAAUGAAAAUUUUCCACAUUUUGCAAAACUACCCUUGGAAACCCAAGAAUCAGACUUAUCACAGUCGGAUACUCACAAAUCUGAUUUAAGAUACCCUUCAGCUAAUAAAAUGGAAACUAAUCCUACUUUUAAGGACUCACGGUCAGAAUUGAAGCAUAUAGACAAAUUAAUUGAUAAACAAUUUGCACAACAUCUAUCAAAACCACCAUUGCAAGAAUGCUGUCUUCUGCCCAACGCGAACAAAAAUCCAACUUAUCCCUCGGAAGGAAAGAUGUUCAUACUUAAAAACUCCUGCGGAUUCGAUUCAAUAGCCCAGAUCCUCCUAGCGAACGUUACUGACUAUCCGAAUUUUGAAAACGCGUCGCAACAAAACUCACAAAUCAUAGAUUUGAUCCUGAUACUUCGCGCGAGUCCUUGCUCAAAGGCAGCUUCUCUUCGGGAUGAUUAUCUAGUGUCGAAGAACAUAGCUCUUGCAAAAUUAGGCGGGAUCGCUCCCUCGCUUACUAUCGACCUUUUCGGGUCGAUUUUCGGAGUCUGGGGGAAGUACUUUGACGAACUGCCCAGCGCUUACAGACACUUCACCUGUCAUCCGGAAAACCGCACGAAAAAAUCAGCAUUUGAAAUAGUGAAACUUGGUCCGACUAGAAAGAUUUCGAUCGAAGAAGAACUCAAUAGAUUCACAAACGAUAAAUUACGGUGUCGUUUGUGCAAAAAUAUCUCUAAAACGUACUUUGAACUGCAGAAUUAUUUGUUCAUAGCUUUAACCAUUUCUGUGGGAAAUGAAAAAUACAAGUGCAAGUUGAACAUGUUCCCCGAAAAAUUGAACUUCUUGAAAACAAAAUUCAGACUCGCGGGAGUCAUAGAGGGAGAUUCCGAACAUUUCAAAGCCUACGUUCGGCGAAUUAACGGUGACUGGGAAUUGUACGACGAUUUGAAAGAAAAAGUGACUGAAUGUUUUGCAUUUAAUGUUAUCGCUCCUGAAGCUGUUGUUUACAUCAGAGAAUAAUUGAAGAAUUAACAAUGAUAUUUUUUUU